CAGGGAAAGGAUAUGAUAACAAACGUCGAGGGAGAUCAAAGAAAAGUAUUGACCUCCUACGAGGGGGCCCUGACUCCACUCCCUCCCCUGGGGGACUUGCCGAAGGAUUCCCUGAAGGAAUGCAUCCAGGAUUUCCAUUCCAUCAUGACAUGCGGUUACGCGCUGGCGGUCCAGAUUUCGGUGGUCGGAUAUCCCCCGGCGGAAUGCCGCACGAGUUCAUGCACGAAUGGCCGCAAGAGUACGCGAUGGGUUACGGUCCCCCUCCCCCUGGGUUCAGACAAGGGUUCUGUGAGGCCCCUGACCAGGAGCAGAUUGCUAUGAUGGAGAGGAUGGGGCUCCCAGCUCACAUGGCUCGACACAACGGAUUCUACCGAGGUCCUCCCUUUCCACAGGAACCAGGAUACCCACACUCCCCCAUCCUUCAUCCAGAACAUCAAUUCCAGGGACAAACCAUCUCCCCUGCCACCCUUUCUCCAGGACACCAUGCCUCCUACCCCUCCCCUGACCCUGCCCACCAGCCCCCCACCCCAGCUGCUAGAGAGCCCCUGAUGUCCCCGCAUCAUAUAAAUCAAAAUGGCGGUCCCGGAGCUCAAGUCUUCUUCUCCGGCGCAACCGCGUGCGUAAUGACCGGUGCUCCGGACUCACCCGCUCCCGGGUCGUCUUCUUCAUCUGGAUCCAUCCUUGAGAGAGCUUUAGCUAAACAGGAACCAUCCUCCCCACACGCCCACAUGCCCCACCUUGAGCCUACCCCGCCCACCCACCACCCACAGGACUGGCCCCAUGUGUCCCAAGGAUUUGCAGAUGUGAAUGUGGAUGAGUAUAUCAAACAUGAUUUCGGUAUGGAGGGAAUGGUUGAAUAUCAAGGAUAUGCGGGACAUGCUGGACCCCCACAGCAACCCGUUGACGAACACCAUCAGUAUAAUCAUCAUACACCAGUAUCAGUUCCUCCUUGGGUUCGAUAGUCUCAUAUUCAUCCUCCUUCAAUUCGGGCAUUAGAACUAAAUGAUCUACGAAUCAUUAAAUUAAAACUAAAUUAGUGAAAUUUCAUACAGAAGAAAAGAAAUAUUUAUAUCUUCAGUGUAGAAGAUUAGAGGUUAGAGAAAUAACAAAUAUUUCGAGAAAACAGUUGAUAUAGUUUCCAGAUAAAAAGAAAAUUUAUGUAAACAUAGUAGUGACAUUAAGUGUUAUUCUAGAUGAUCAAAAUCUUUGUAAAUUUUGAUGUUUUUACAAAGAAAGAUCAAAUUCUUUAAAGAGGGUUGAAAAAACCAAAGACAAAGAGAAACCAAACUAAAAAUAUAGAUAAAUAUCAAGCUCUCAAUCCAGAUUUUAUUUAGACCAUACUUAUGUUACCCCCCCCCCUCACCAGAACAUGGUCUCUUAAACUCAAGUACCAAAUUCUGUAGUAAAAAACAACUAUGUUUUUAAAUUUGAUUUUCAAAAAAUAUUUGAGAGCUAUUUGAGAGCUACCCUGUUAAUAUUAGAAACAAUAUGUAAACAACAUUAACCAGUGGAUCAUUUGCCAGUUCUUUUUUUACUGCAGAGCAAACUUCAUGGCUUCAAAUUUUUGGUUUACAAUUUUUCUGAACGAUCAUUCCCUGCUAUCUUCAUGGUGCCAUUCUUUUUUAAUAACAGAACUGACAACUGGUUUGAAAACUUAAAAUUAUAUAAUUAUGUAACACUUCCAGUUUUUUAUUUCCAGUUAAUCACUAAAGGAGCCAGUGUUUUGCGUUAUGUGUAAACUUCGAAAAUUACGAUGGUCAACAAAAGAAUUUAAAUAGUAAAAAAUGUUAAGCUGCUUUCCUCUAAAUGAGCUUGAAAAAAGAGCUUAUAAGAUCUGUUGAAAAAAAUAUGAAAAGGCCUCAUAAAAUCUUUAAUGAAAGUCAAUAAUUUUGAGUUAAAAAUAUAAUCAGAAAUAAUUUUUUCGUAAUUUUUUCUUUAGAAAUACCCCAAUAUUUUAACAAUAUUUAAAUAAAAAUUCUAUUUUUUGUGAUAAACAUAGAAUCUGAGAUUGGGUGAUAUAUCGACAAAGUUUAUAAAUGUUUUCGUUUCAAGUCUAGCAGAGGGAUUGGAAAACAUUUUUAGAAGAAGAAGGGGGGGGGGGCGGGGAGCAUCACAGAUUUUUCCCUUCAAAUCAUAGAAAUUAUUAGAUUGCAAUUGUUAUUUCUAAAUAUUUUAUAUAGGACCGUUAUCGUUUUUCUGGUAGUUUUUUUAUUUUGCUGUCAGGUGAAAAUGCUACUUUUUAGCUGAUAAUCAGCUACUUUUUCCUGAAAAGCUACUUUUUAACAAAAAAUCUUCGUUUUUUUAAAGAGGCAUCUUACUUAGUAAAGAACACAGGUUUUUGGUGAAAAAAUCCUAAACUUUUUACUUUUUUUUGACUUACAUGUUCUUAGUUUUUGCUGUGAUAAAAAUAGAUUUAAAGUUUUAAGUAUAAAACAGGGGUAAACUAUCAGGUGGUUAAACUUGAAACCACUCUGUUGGAAGAAAUCUGAAUAUUUUGAUCGUUAUAUCGAACAACUGUAAUUUCGAACAUGUUGUCCGGAAUUAUAAACAGAAUUCUAGGAUCAUUCAACAAAUUAUUAUGUAAAUAAUAUUCUGAUCAUAAUUUCGAAUAAAGUUUCGUGAUGCUAAACGGUUCGAUAUUACAAAUGAAAUGUUGGAGGUUUUUUCAACAGCCGAUAUUUACCCCUUGCACACUGUACUGCACAUUAUGUAAAGUAUUAUAUGAAUGCAUAUCAUUUUUUUAAGGCGCAUUGUUCAUUCCAACAAAACGGUUGCAAAACUGAAACUUUUUUGGCUUUGUUGUAAAAUUUCAAACGAUAUAAAAGAGCAAAUAGCACUUAAAUUUUCAAAAAAAAAGUCGUUUGAACAUUUUUAAAAAACAUCUGUAAUUGAUAUAGUGUGAAGUGUAUGUAUAGAUAAUGGGAGGCACUUAUUAUAUUGAUUUAUUAAUUGAUGAGCUGAUUAAUUCAUUGAUUAAUGAGCUGAUUAAUUGAUGAGCUGAUUAAUUGGUUGAUUAAUGAGCUGAUUAAUUAGUUAAUUGAUUGAUUUGAUUGUAGAUGUUUUCUGCCGUAUUCAGCAUAUUUUCUAAGUGUUUAAUAAAUUGUCAGACUGUA